GGAAGUCUGCAGCGCUUCUGUGCAGCCGAGCGUCCGCUAAAGACAAACAAACUGUUGCAUACCUCCGCGCGCGCAUGAAGACACGGCGGGAAAGCGCCUUCUCCAGGAUUUCCAGCUGUGUUUGACAGAUCUGAUGCGUGGGAGGAAUAUGGAUGUUAUUCCCAUGUGUAGUAUUUUCCAGGAGCUGCAGAGUGUUCUUGACACGGGAUACCUGUCUGCAUUACCAUCUCUAGAAGAGUACUGGCAACAGACUUGUCUGGAGCUUGAGCGCUAUCUGCAGAAAGAGCCCUACGUCUCUGCAGCUGAUCUGAGAUCAGUAUACCAGUCUGACAAUCUUUGGAAUCAGUUUCUGCGCUGCUGUGGGACAGAACCAAGCUCGUCCCUGCCGGAAGCCUCCAUCCCCAAGCAGGAUGGGAUCGCUACGGCUUCCCAUUUGUCAUUCAGCACUGCAUCAGCUGAUGUUCUCACACACACACUGGAUCACAGCGUAUCUGAGCAGCAGCAUGUAAGGCCCUCCUCGCCCUCACUCCCUCUCAUGAAGGAUAAAGAAGAUGCAGAAGGGGUGAGAGGGAAUGAGGGCAAAAGUGAGGGGUCCCUUGAAGGACGAAGGAGAGCUCAUCGUUGUUACUUCAACGGCUGCAGGAAGGUGUACACCAAGAGCUCUCAUCUGAAAGCACAUCAACGCACACACACCGGUGAGAAACCAUACAGAUGUUCGUGGGAUGGCUGUGUGUGGCGCUUCGCUCGAAGUGAUGAACUGACGAGGCACUUCAGAAAACACACCGGAGCCAAACCUUUCAAAUGCAGCCACUGUGACAGGUGUUUCUCUCGUUCUGAUCAUCUGGCCUUGCACAUGAAGCGACACAUCUGAACGCAAAUCCCACAGACCUGCCACAGCUGGUUUUCUGUGUAUUCGCUGAGUGUCAGUGAUUCAGAUUUUGCACCCUCUUGUUAAAGAUAUAGUUUUAGCAGAACAUGGAUAUUAGCAUUUUUUUUAUCCUAUGCUUAUGACUUAUUCAAUUCAAGUUAAAGCGUAGCUAUAAAGGCACUGAAAAGGCAGAAAGUCUGGUACGGAAUGUAAGUUAACAUAUUAACAGAUUUUGCAAAUUGCAGUGACUGUAUGUCAAAAUCAAAAAUAAUAUUUUGCUAACGUGUUUAUAUCCAGAGCAGCUAAGUGUCCAUGUACCUUUAUAAAAAAUACAUAUUUGCGAUAAAAGUGUUUAUUAUAAUC